GCUUGGCCUCUGCCCGGCCUCGGAGCCGGAGCCGGAGGUGUUACCUGGAGGGGUCGCGCCGAGCUAUUCAGUCGGGCGGCGUACCCCGGGCAGCGCCCGGGCUAAGAGUCCAGGAUGCUGAACGUCCCUUCCCAGUCUUUCCCGGGCCCCAGCUCGCAGCAGCGCGUCUCCUCCGGGGGGCGUAGCAAGGUCCCUCUGAAACAGGGCAGAAGUCUUAUGGAUUGGAUUCGACUGACCAAAAGUGGAAAGGACCUAACAGGAUUAAAAGGAAGAUUAAUUGAAGUAACUGAAGAAGAACUUAAAAAACACAACAAAAAAGAUGAUUGUUGGAUAUGCAUAAGAGGGUUUGUUUAUAAUGUCAGCCCGUACAUGGAGUAUCACCCUGGUGGAGAAGAGGAACUUAUGAGUGCAGCAGGAUCAGAUGGUACUGACCUUUUUGACCAGGUUCAUCGUUGGGUCAACUAUGAAUCCAUGCUGAAAGAAUGCCUGGUUGGCAGGAUGGCCGUUAAACCUGCUUUUCCUAAAGUAAUACAUUCACGAUUCCAGAAUGAGAAGUGCCAUGGUCAUAGCUUAGUCUCCCACCUACCCUUUUCCCUCCUGUGCACGGAUGCAGACUAUCAUGAGGAAAAGAGACUCUUAAACGGCAUGCUUCCCAAGAGCCAAGUGACAGAUCCACUUGCCAAAGAAGGGCCUAGUUCUCCAAGCUACGACUGGUUCCAAACAGACGCUUUAGUCACCAUUGUCAUAUAUACUAAACAGAAGGAUAUCAAUUUAGACUCAGUAAUAGCUGAUCACCAGGAUGAUUCCUUUAGAGCAGAAACAGUUAUCAAGGAUUAUUCAUAUCUUAUACAUAUUGCCCUAAGUCAUGAGAUUCAGGAAGAUUUUUCUGUGCGAGUUGUUGAGAAUGUGGGAAAAAUAGAGAUUGUCCUGAAGAAAAAAGAGAAUACUUCUUGGAAAUGCCUUGGUCAUCCCCUGGAGAAUCAUAAUUCACUUAUUCCAAAGAAAGAUACAGGUUUGUACUACAGAAAGUGCCAGUUAAUUUCCAAGGAAGAUGUGACUCAUGAUACGAAGCUUUUCUGCUUGAUGCUGCCGCCAAGCACACAUCUUCAGGUGCCAACUGGGCUACAUGUUUACUUCAAGCUAACUAUUACAGGUACUGAAAUUGUGAAGCCAUAUACACCUGUAUCUGAUUCCUUAUUCUCAGAGUUCAAGGAACCAGUUCUUCCCAACAAUAAAUACAUCUACUUUUUGAUCAAAAUCUACCCUGCUGGACUCUUCACACCAGAGCUUGAUCAUCUUCAGAUUGGAGAUUAUGUUUCUGUAAGCAAUCCCGAGGGCAAUUUUAAAAUAUCCCAGUUCCAAGACUUGGAAGAUCUCUUUUUAUUGGCAGCGGGAACAGGCUUCACACCAAUGGUUAAAGUACUGAGUUAUGCUUUGACUAAUAUACCCAGUCUCAGGAAAGUGAAGCUGAUGUUCUUCAAUAAAACAGAGGAUGACAUAAUUUGGAGAAGCCAAUUGGAGAAAUUAGCAUUUAAGGAUAAAAGAUUUGACCUUGAAUUUGUUCUCUCAGUACCUACUUCUGAAUGGAACGGCAAACGGGGAUACAUUUCACCAGCUCUGCUUUCUGAAUUUUUGAAAAGAAGUUUAGACACAUCCAAAGUCCUCAUCUGCAUUUGUGGACCAAUGCCAUUUACAGAACAAGGAAUGAAGUUGCUGCAUGAUUUGAACUUUUCCAAAGAUGAGAUCCAUAGUUUUACAGCAUAAUGAAGAGCCGUCAUUCAACUGUUUUAGCGAAAUUUGUGAUUACUUAGGGUUUUUUAAAAGAACAUUUUUGUACAUAGGUUAACUAGAAUCCAGGUUUUAGUUUCUUAAAUUAAAUCAAAUGUUUCUUCACUAUAGAUACCUUGUUGACUUUAUUUUGUACCAUAACUUAUUUUACUACUGAUAUUUGUCCUGGAAGGUCAAUCGUGGCAACAAGUAUAUAGAGGAUUCUUUGUUACGAAUCACAAAGUUCCUUACCAUUUAAACUGUAUCACUGUUCUACAAUAAGCUCUUGUGUUUUAUGACAUGAUAAAGCAAAUGAUCAUUUUGAUCACAUUUCUAUGCUGUAAGAUGUCUGAUUAGCAAUACAGAUUAAAUUUUACAUUGCACUGUAAACUCAGGAAAUGAUCAUUUAUGUCCUUGUUCUUACUAUGAAAACAUGGAAUGUUAUAACUUAAGUGAUCCAAACAUUUUGUGCGUCUGUGGCCUUGAUACAGAGUAGAAUAAAAAAUAUUCUGAAGUACUUUUUAA